UAAAUGAAAUUUGUUUGGGUUGAAACUUGAAAAGCGGCGUUUGCUAAUUGCUUCGACCGAGUGAUUCAGAGGAGGAGAAGUAAUGGCUGCGAUCGCGGGAGCGCACGUGUUUGGUGUUGUGAGUUUUCAGCUCAAGCAAGCUGAAAUGCCCUUUGCAUGUUCCAGCUUAAUCCGCAAGCAUAUUGGAGAUUCUCCUCAGCGCAAUGUGGCUCUAAGACGCAGAGCAAAUGGAACAAUUCUUCCCCAAAUCAGAGCCCAGAACGUUCUUCCAGACUAUGUUCCAAAAUCGGAGUUUUAUAAAGUAGAAGCCAUUCUCAGGCCCUGGCGAGUCCCUCAGGUUUCUUCGGCUAUGUUGAAAAUGGGAAUUCGCGGUGUCACUGUAUCUGAUGUCAAGGGCUUUGGUUCUCAGGGUGGUUCAAAAGAGAGACAGGGAGGCUCUGAAUUUUCUGAAGACAAUUUUGUUGCCAAAGUUAAAAUGGAAAUAGUAGUGAGAAAGGACCAGGUUGAGGCAGUAAUUGACAAAAUUAUCGAGGAGGCAAGGACUGGGGAGAUUGGUGAUGGCAAAAUUUUCUUGAUCCCCGUCUCAGAUGUUAUAAGAAUUCGAACAGGUGAGCGUGGGGAGCAGGCAGAGAGGAUGACUGGGGGCCGAAGUGAUAUGCUAUCUGCUGUAUGACUGAUUGGAACGAAAGAUCAGCAUUUGUAAUCUGGUUCUCUUACCCUUUCUCCUUUUUCCCUUGUGGAAUAUUGAAUGCAUUACGAUGCUGUAUGCUUCAUAUGUUUUGCACUUAUAUGUCGGAAGAUGUAUGACAGACAGUAUUGAAAGGGCACUGUAGUUAUGUGGUGAAGAAAAAUUGUGAAAAAAUAAUAAACAAAUGCUGAGUUGAUUCAUAUGUUAUCGUGAAAAAGCCAAUUUGGUGUGUAUUUAUAUAAUCAUUUUUUCGCCAUGUCAUGACACCAAGAUGGCAAGAUGUAUGACUUGCAAUCAAAUUAAGGAUAAGCUGUAAUUUUCGUCUGUCUUUUA